AUGACUCUCUGGCUGGGUGAUGAGCCAUCGCGUUUACCACCGACGGCGCUCAGCCACUAUUCUGUUUCUGGGUUGGUCUUCGACGGAACAGGUCGCGUACUUAUGGUUCUCGAGCGAUGUCGCCAGAAUCGCCGCGUAUCCUUUUGGAAGUUCCCCGGUGGUGUGCCUGAAACAAAUGAGCCUUUGGUAAAGACGGCUGAAAGAAAGGUUCUCGAAGAAACUGGGGUUGCCGCUAAAGGCGAAGCCAUCAUCUCUCUAAGAGACGAGAUUAAUUCGUUGCCAAGAGAUCAGUUAUUCGGUCCGGAUCGCAACGUUUGGCAGGCGUACCUGGAAUCUCUUGAAGACGUUGGGGGAGAGGAGUUGUAUGAAGCCACCGACAAAGGCGUCACUUCGAAAAUGUUCAACUUCACCUUUUCUUGA